CCAUACAAAAAAUUUAGUAACAAAUUUGCACCAAAACCUUACUGGACGGUAUUUCAUAACUAAGCGUUCAGCAAUAAUGCCUUCAAAAUUCUUUUUCUGUAUUGUGGCUGUAAUUUGUGCCUCAUAUUUGGAAGUGUCAGCAGUAUCUCUCAUUUAUGGUUAUUUAAAUCCUGCUGAUGUUGUUAUUGGCAGCGAAUUCGUGCAUGGCAAAGCCGAAGGUGUUUUCCAUUCGAUAUUUAAAAAAACUGUGAAAUUUCCCAAAGAGGGUAAACAAAAUGACGUGCCUAUAACCGGCAUACAUGUUAUGGACUUGGGCCGUCCCAAUAAUAUUGCAUAUAACUUUUUGCGAGAUGGAGGACCUGGCAAGACGUACGCCACCAUUGAAGUUAUGUCACAAAAAGAUAAACCUGUUAACAUGAAAAUCAUAUUUUACGGUUUACACGCAGCCAAUUCUACGUCUCACAGUACUUCAUGAAUAUGAAAUAAAGGAAAUUUUGCAAGAGAAAAUUUUAACAGAUAA